AUGGCCCCUUGGGCCGAGCUGAACCCUGGAGAGGGGCGUUUCGACCAGCUCGGAAAUUCCCUGCUUGAGAGCUCGAGCGAAGAAGGAGACGACCAAGAAGACGAGGAGGGUCGCUGCGCAACAGAUGAAGAAUCCACCGAGAUCGCAGCUCUGAGAAGACGGCGAGCGUACAUCAUCGCCCAGCUGCACAACGUGGGACAGUCAAUUCGGGAGACCGAGGCCGAAGUUCUUGCGGGAAAGUGCGUACCAGAGAUUUCAAAGCGAGAUCUAGCACCGCAGGACACGGUCGACGAGUCCAAGACAGGCUCGUUCCUGCAUGCCGUCAACUGGUCAGCUGGUACUGACGACGGGCCGGGCCCCAAACCACUGACGGACAGGGCGAUGGAUCGAGCCCGAGCGCUGCUACGGCUGUUCGACGCUGACGGCGACGGGUGCUUGAGCUUUGACGAAUUUCGAGCAUACUUGGUGAGGCUUGGCCGUGACAAGGGGAAGCUGGGCGAACGGCUGACGACCAACAGGGAGUUCUGGCUGAGCUACGUUGCGGAUCAGGCGGGGCCCCCGGCGGCGGCGGACGUCGGAGGCGCGGUCUCCUUCGACGGGUGCCUGACCCAGUCCGGGUUCGUCGGCCAUCGCCGGAUGGUUGAGGCGGAUCACCCUCUGGAGGUAGACCUGCUGACGAUGGGACUCGACCUCUUGCCGGAGAGCCUCCAGCGAUGGCUCCGGGUCAAAAACGCAUUCGAUCGUAUAGAUGCCGAAGGAGUGUCGGCAGCAACGGAGCGUGGAGAAAGAGGCGCCAAGUCGCGAGGAGAUUACGAUGGCAGCGUAGACAGGGGGGAGGCGCAGCUCCUUCUCGCCGAUGCCGGCGAAGUCAUGUCGAAGCUAAGGGUUGAGGAGGAGCUCACUCUGGCGACCAUGCACGCCAAGCUAAUGCUCGAGGUUGUCGAGGAGCGGCGCAAGCGCAACAGGCUGGCCCAUACGCAGGCGCUUUCCCGCUCCGCCGUUAACGACGCACAGAGGAUCUACAGAACCGCCUGGCUCUCCUGGUUCAUGUCUGGGAGAGCCAAGGAAGAGAGGGAAACCUCGUGGCUGGAGAAGAACCUGAUCCGGUUGAAAACGAGGCUUUAUCGAGGAUUUCGGGCGUGCUAUUCGCUCGUCGGCCGCCCUAGGAGGGUGCUGGAGGAAUUGGUCCAACAAGGGCUCAUAUCUUGUACAUCGCUCAUUCUCAAUCCAACCGGGCGCUUCGACGACGUGACGCUCUAUGGCGUGGCAGCCAAUCUCCUUGCACCGUUCAAGGGGUCCGACGCGAGAGCCACCUUGCGGGCGGCAAUAGGAGACGCCGAAGAUGACGGUUCAGGCUUCUCCGUAUCCCUCAACUUCCUCCACAAGGGUAACGGCGUUUGGGAGGAAAGACCUGGGGGAGAACUUGGAGGGGGGCUUCUCUAG